CGACCCAACGUCGCUCCCACGCCUCAACACCACACAUGCAGUACACCUGCAUCACCGCUAGCAUUGGCUCUGCGCCAUUGUCCCUGCACUAUGCCGGCUCCUCGCGUCUUUUGUGUUUCCGGCCGAGAGACCCUGCCGCGAUUCCCCGCUCUCCAACAGCGACACUGACUCUCGGUCUCGUCAUCCACUUGAUCCGUUCUGCGUUCGACCAUCCAAACCCUGAAGGGAGUGGACAAGCUGGAGCUGGCCUAGUCCUGAACGUGUCCGCGCGGCUGCAGUGUCGAAGUUUCGCCGGUGUCAUUUACGUUGCGUCUAUGCCAACGGCUGAGGUCGUGAGGUCAUGAUGCGAGUCGAAGCGUGGACGUCUUUUAAACCUCCAAAGCGGCGUUGGCACACCAUAUCUAGACUGGAGCCCAGAGUCGAAGCGGAUUCCACGACGCUCCCAUCCCACGUGGCGGUCGCUGAGUGGUCUGCCCACACAGGUGAUCGCCUUUUCCUGGCCACUCAACAGUGCUAUGCAGAAGACUGGUCUCAGGUCCCAGUUUCGGCAUGGUUCCCUCUGGUCAAACUCCAUUGCACUCGUUGCUGGAAUUUCGUUGCCCCAGGGUGCUCUUGUUCGA